AUGGAUGAAGUGGAGGAAUUCGUGAAGCAGCUUUAUAUGGGAGUAUUGCUUCCUAUGUCUUGGUCCACUAGAAUGAAAAUUGCAUUUGGAGCUGCAAAAGGACUUGACUUUCUCCAUGAAGCUGAGAAACCUGUCAUCUAUCGUGAUUUUAAGACGUCUAAUAUUUUGUUAGACUUGGACUACAAUCCAAAGGUCUCUGACUUUGGCCUUGCAAAAGAUGGGCCAGAGGGAGACAAGUCUCAUGUUUCUACUCGCAUAAUGGGAACAUAUGGGUAUGCUGCACCCGAGUAUAUUAUGACAGCUUGUUAUAGCCUAAAGGUCUGCUAUUCUUGGUUUUGUUUUCUCAAGGAAUCUUCCUGCUACUCUGAGCAGCAGCAGUGUGCUCUUCGUGGCUGGUUUGCUAGCUAUCAGCACCUUGAGAUUGAAGACCUGAUGAAGUCAAGGAGCAUCCAAAUGCACCACGCACUGAAGAAGGACAAGAAAAUUCCGAUUUUAUCACGACCUGGAGACAUCUUGAGGUGUCCUUUUUUAGACUUUAGUGGUUAUAAAAACCUUAACAAAACGACAAAUUAA